UCUUCCCAGAAGCCACCACUCAGUCCUGUCGGCCAUUUUAUCCGGCUAGCACGAAUACACACCAUCGCAAGCAUGCUAACGGCACGGUUUGCAACCUCCUUGGCAAGGCAGCUGCCAAGAACAGCACCAAAGGUAUGUCGACAUGCCUUGGGAGCUGGUAUGGUUGCAGCAAAGAAAUUUACAACAUCUCCUGUAUCAAAAGUAGCCGGUGGGGAAGUUUCAUCUAUUCUGGAAGAAAAAAUACUUGGUGUUUCCGAAUCACAAUCAAAUAUUGAAGAAACAGGAAGAGUGUUGUCCAUUGGAGAUGGUAUCGCUCGUGUCUUUGGGCUUAGAAACAUUCAGGCAGAUGAAAUGGUGGAGUUUUCCAGUGGUCUGAAAGGUAUGGCCUUGAAUUUGGAGCGUGACAAUGUUGGUGUGGUAGUGUUUGGUAACGAUAAACUCAUCAGGCAAGGUGAUGUAGUGAAGAGAACUGGUGCCAUCGUUGAUGUCCCUGUUGGGGAGGAGCUACUAGGAAGAGUAGUGGAUGCUUUGGGAAACCCCAUUGAUGGAAAGGGUGCCAUCACCUCCAAAUUGAGGGCUCGUGUUGGAACAAAGGCUCCUGGAAUUAUUCCACGUAUCUCUGUGAAGGAGCCUAUGCAGACUGGUAUCAAAGCUGUGGACAGUCUUGUACCUAUUGGCCGAGGUCAGCGUGAGUUGAUCAUUGGAGACAGACAGACUGGUAAAACUGCUGUUGCCAUUGAUGCCAUCAUCAACCAGAAGAGGUUUAACGAAGGAACUGACGAGACGGCUAAGCUGUACUGUAUCUAUGUUGCUAUUGGCCAGAAGAGGUCAACUGUCGCCCAGAUUGUGAAGAGGCUUUCAGAUGCUGAUGUCAUGAAGUACACCAUCAUCGUCAGUGCCACUGCUUCAGAUGCUGCUCCGCUUCAGUACCUAGCUCCCUACUCAGGAUGUGCCAUGGGAGAGUUCUUCAGGGACAACAGCAAACAUGCACUCAUCAUCUAUGAUGAUCUGUCGAAACAGGCUGUGGCUUACCGUCAGAUGUCCCUGUUGCUGCGUCGUCCCCCAGGUCGUGAGGCCUACCCUGGUGAUGUAUUCUACCUCCACUCCCGUCUGUUGGAGAGAGCAGCCAAGAUGAACGACGCCCAUGGUGGUGGCUCCCUCACCGCUCUCCCCGUCAUUGAGACACAAGCUGGUGAUGUGUCUGCUUACAUCCCAACCAAUGUGAUCUCUAUCACCGAUGGACAGAUCUUCUUGGAGACUGAACUUUUCUUCAAGGGUAUCCGCCCUGCCAUUAACGUUGGUCUGUCUGUCAGUCGUGUAGGAGCUGCUGCUCAGACCAAGGCCAUGAAACAGGUUGCUGGCUCCAUGAAGCUGGAGUUGGCCCAGUACAGAGAAGUAGCUGCCUUUGCCCAGUUCGGAUCUGAUUUGGAUCAGGCCACCCAGAACCUCCUCAACCGAGGUGUCCGUCUCACAGAGCUUUUGAAACAAGGACAGUAUGUUCCCAUGGCUAUUGAGGAACAAGUGUCAAUCAUCUAUGCUGGUGUCAAGGGAUAUCUAGAUAAACUUGACCCUUCUAAAAUUACAUCAUUUGAGAAGCAGUUCCUGACACACAUCCAGUCUUCACAGCAGACUCUGUUGCAGAAAAUCGCGAAGGAGGGACAGAUUUCUGAAGAAACGGAUGCCACAUUGAAACAAGUGGUAAUAGACUUCCUUGCUGGCUUUGAAGCUUGAUGUGAUUUCAAGGACUGUUAGAAACUCAUUUAAAUCACAAGAAAAGUGCAGAUGGUUUUGUUUUUUAAUGCGAAACAUUAUAAAUAUGACGAUGUGAAAACAACAAAGUAUUUAUGUGACGGCGAGGUUGUUAGCGGUGUGUGUGUUUGUAAACAAAGAUUUAACAGUAGAAAACCAGGUAAAAUGCUGUUAAAAAUGUAGAAGUGAUAUUUCUAUAUUUCAAAUGUGCUAGUGUUUCAUUGAAAACAUUUUCUUAUGAAUCUUGAAUCCAACUGUGAAUCUUGAUAUUUGACUAGAAUCUGUUGAAUGAUUGAAUUAAAACAAAUAUUGACAACC